AUGGAUCCAUUCGGAGGAGGCGGCCUCUUCGCUCAAUUAGCACAGGGCUUUGGCGCUGGUUUCCCUGGUGGCGUUCCUGGAAGGCGCAUCAACCCUCGAGCCUACGAUGACUACUUCAAGGCGUAUAGUGUUGCGAUGCUCCCGGGAAAGCAACGGGACAACCUUAGUUAUGGCGGGAAGAUCAUCAUGCCGCCCUCUGCUCUUGCCAACCUUACAUCGCUUGAUCUUGAAUCUCCGUGGAUGUUCAAACUUCGCAAUCCUGCUAAUCCUGCGGCAUCCACUCAUGCUGGCGUACUCGAGUUUAUCGCGCAGGAAGGCUGCGUUCAUUUGCCUUACUGGAUGAUGAAGACCCUGCGGUUAAACGAGGGAGAUCCUAUCCGCAUCACCGGUGUCGAAUUGCCUAAGGGCAAGUUCGUCAAAUUCCAGCCUCAGCAAGUCCAUUUCCUCGAGGUUUCCGAUCCUAAAGCAACCCUCGAAGUUGCCCUUCGAAAUUUCUCCGCACUAACUCAAGGCGACGUCAUCGAGAUCGUCUAUAACUCUAUCGUCUUCGGCAUGCUUGUGAUGGAGGCUCAGCCAGGAGGCGAGGGCAUAUCCGUGCUGGACGUCGACCUUGAAGUAGAUUUUGCCGCGCCCGUGGGAUAUGUAGAACCGGAGCGGCCGAAGCCGCCACCGCCAAGUACGAUGGCGUCCAAGCUGAAGAUCGACCUUGAAUCAACUACAAACACACCCGGUUCGUCAAGACCGGGCUCCAGCCUAUCCGGAGCUUUCGCUGCCACCACUGGCGAGAAAGGCAAGGUAGUUGUGAGCAAAGGUGGGGACGAAUGGGAAAGCUUCAAAGGACGUGGCGAAACAUUGUCCGGUCGUAAGACGAAGGGCAAGGGUGUCAGCCAUAGGAAGAUAGAAGAAGCACCGGUUGACAGCAAGAUCAUUCGAACAGACAAACAUCGCAUUGUGUCAAAUAACACAGUGGAGUCUGGCGAGCGCGUGCCUGCUCCACUGAAUUUGCCAUUCGGAAAGCUCUUCUUUGGCUUCAAGAUAAUCCCGUACGUUCCGCCGGAGAAGAAAAAUGAAGAACCGUCUGGGGUAUGCCACAUCAUUCAUCGUUCCUUGAAUGCACGAGUGCGAAAGCCUAACCAUGAGCGACAGUCUGUGACCUUCAGUGGCGGCGGAAAUACCCUUUCCAGCCGAGGACCCGCUGGCCCUGGUCAAACAACGAGUGCGAAGGGAAAGGGAAAGGAGAAGGAGACUGAGACGGACGCAGAAGCGCAACCUCAGAAGGAGUGGGGAUCCGGGCAACGACUGGGGGCGAAGCCGACGUAUGGGGCGGGCGGUGCCAGCGUACCUCAGAUACCUCGGCGACAGCAAGCUCGCGUCGCACGAAGUCCAUCCCCGGAUUUCGGGGUGGACGAUGAUGAGGAUGUGAUUAUCGUGGACAGUGACUAG